GGGACAGUGGGGACACUGAGGAUCAUGGGGACAAUGGAGACAGUAAAAACAAUGGGAACUUUGGGGGCGGUGAGGACAACAGGGACUUUGGGGUCAAAUGGGACAAUGGGGAAUUUAGGGACAAUGGAGACAAUAGGGACAGUGUGGACUUUGGGGACCAUUCAGGGGUCAAUAGGGACAAUGGGGACAUCAGAGCUCAUUGAGGACCAUUGGGGACAGUGGGGACAAUGAGGACUGCAGAGAUAAAUGGGGAUUUGGGGACACGGGGACAUGAUAGGGAUGCGGGGGCAUUGGGGACGUGGGGAUGUGGGACAUAAGGGAUAUGGGGACAUAAGGAGACAUAAGGAAGGACUCUGUCCCCACAUCCCCGUGUCCCUAAUGUCCCUAAUGUCCUCAUGUCCCCAGUGUCCCCAAUGUCCCCAGUGUCCCCACAUCCCCAUGUCCCCACGUUCCCCCCCCUCCUGUCCCUUCCCCAGAAGUUGUCCCCCCCCCACCCCACCCAGUGGCGCUUCCCCUUUCGGUUCCCCUUUUUGGGGGCCAGAGUUGGGGUUGGGGGGAGGAGGAGGACAUGGGGACACCGAGGACAGAGGGGGACACACGUGGCAAUGCCAGCUGCCUGGGGACAAUCCCCACUGCUGGGGGGGGCGCUGGGCUGCUCCAUGCUGCUGUGGGCAGGGCUGCUGCUGGCGCUGCUCAGCCUGGACAUGGAAAUCUCGCGAGAUUUGGUGCAGCUGCGGGACCACCAGGAGGAGCUGUGGGCGGGAGUGCCCCAGAUGUGGCAGCGGAUGGAGGAUCUGCGGGGCAGGGUGGAGCAGGAGGAGAAGGAUGGGCGGCACAGAGCCGUGAUGGCGCAGCGCUUUGGGGCCGACGUGGGGCGGCUGCGGCUGGAAGGUACUGGGGGGGACUGGGAGGGACUGGGGGGACUGCUAUUGGUUUGUACUGGUCCAUACUGGUCCAUACAGGUCCCUACUGGUCCAUACUGGUCCCUACUUGUCCAUUCAGGUCCAUACUGGUCCCUACUGGUCCAUACAGGUCUAUACUGGUCAAUACUGGUCCAUACUGUUCCAUUCAGGUCCCUACUGGUCCAUACUGGUCCGUACUGGUCCAUACUGGUCCGUACUGGUCCAUACUGGUCCGUACUGGUCCAUACCGGCCCAUACUGGUCCAUACUGGUCCCUACUGGUUCAUACUGGUUUAUACUGGUCAAUACUGGUCCAUACUGGUCCGUACUGGUCCGUACUGGUCCAUUCAGGUCUAUACUGGUCCCUACUGGUCCCUACUGGUCCAUACAGGUCUGUACUGGUCCCUACUGGUCCAUACUGGUCCAUACUUGUCCAUACUGGUCCCUACUGGUCCAUACUGGUAUUGACCCAUACUGGUCCAUACUGGUCCAUACUGAUCCAUACUGGUCCAUACUGGUCCAUACUGGUAUUGACCCAUACUGGUCCAUACUGGUCCAUACUGGUCCAUACUGGUCCAUACUGGUAUUGACCCAUACUGGUCCAUACUGGUCCAUAGUGGUCCAUACUGGUAUUGACCCAUACUGGUCCAUACUGGUCCAUACUGGUAUUGACCCAUACUGGUCCAUACUGGUCCAUACUGGUACUGAUCUAUACUGGUCCAUACUGGUCCAUACUGGUCCAUACUGGUCCAUACUGGUCCAUACUGGUACUGAUUGGUCCAUAGUGGUCCAUACUGGUAUUGACCCAUACUGGUCCAUACUGGUCCAUACUGGUAUUCACCCAUACUGGUCCAUACUGGUCCAUACUGGUGCAGGCACGCGGUUCCUGGUGGAGGCUGCAGCGCUGGAGGAGGAGCUGAGGGCGGAGCUCUCCCGCGUGAGAUCAGCGGAGGGGGCGGGGCUUCCAGCGGCCACGCCCACCAUCUGACCAAAAGUCGCAAAAAGACCACGCCCGCACCCAAAGGCCACGCCCCCGGCGAGGCCACGCCCCUCUAUUUUGCAUUAAAGGCACCACGUGCCCCAAAAUGUC